UAUGUUGUGUCAUGAGUAGCUGCACAGCACAAAAGCACAAACAGGACAAGGUACAGAACAGAACUGCAAAGCUGACAACUUCACGAUGGCACUGGGCUUUGUAGGCACGAUUCUUCUGACUGCGUGUGUCACCAUUCUGCUUUUCCUGUUUAAAUGGAGAGGCAAAAUCAAAAUCAAAAAUCUGCCCCCAGGACCGACCCCAAUUCCUCUUUUGGGUAAUAUUCCACAGAUUAACACUAGAGAACUUCCUAACUCUUUGCUUGAGUUAAGUAAAACCUAUGGACCUGUGUACACCCUGCAUUUGGGCAGUUAUCGAUCAGUCAUGCUCAUUGGGUAUGAUGCUGUGAAAGAGGCAUUGAUUGAUCGCAGUGAAGUGUUUAGUGAUAGGGGAAUUAUGGACCUUACUGAACUGAUAUUUAAAAAUUAUGGUGUUAUAAUGACCAAUGGGGAGAGGUGGAAAACAAUGCGGAGAUUUACUCUCAUGACUCUACGAAAUUUUGGAAUGGGGAAGCGAACCAUUGAGGAAAGGAUUCAAGAGGAAUCGCAAAGCCUUGCAGAAGCAUUUGAAAAGAAUAAAGGUCAACCAUUUGACCCAAUGUACCUGCUGGUACUAGCUGUAUCCAAUAUAAUCUGUUCCAUUAUUUUUGGUGAGAGAUUUGACUACGAGGAUCAAAAAUUUAUGACUUUACUAAUGUAUCUGAGGGAGAUCAUAAGAUUGUCAAACACUUUCAUUGGACAGCUUCUCAAUUUCUUUCCAAAAGUGUUACAAUACAUUCCUGGCCCCCACCAAAAUAUUUUUACAUAUUUUGACAAGCUAAAAGAGUUUGUAAGGGAAGAGGCAAAUGCUCACAAAGACACACUGGAUAAGAACUGUCCAAGAGACUUUAUAGACUGCUUUCUUAUGAGAAUGGAAGAGGAAAAAAUGAAUCCUAACAGUGAAUUUCACAAUGAGAAUUUGAAUGAAGUAAUCUUCGAUUUGUUUUUCGCUGGGACAGAGACAACAAGUGUAACACUGAGAUACGCCUUCUCUAUUUUACUUAAAUACCCAGAAAUUCAAGAAAAGAUUCACAAGGAGAUUGAUCAAGUGAUAGGCCAAGACCGCUGUCCAUCAGUGGAGGACAGGAGCAAGAUGCCAUAUACUGAAGCUGUGAUCCAUGAGGUGCAGAGAUUUGCAGAUAUUGUUCCAGCUGGACUGGCCCAUGCAGCCAGCAAAGAUACAACCUUCAGAGGAUAUAACAUUCCCAAGGGUACUUUGAUCUUUCCAGUGCUGACCUCUGUCCUAAAGGAUCCUAAAUUCUUCAAAAAUCCAUAUCAGUUUGACCCUGGGCACUUUUUGGAUAAUGAUGGCAGUUUUAAGAAGAAUGAUGCAUUCAUGCCAUUUUCUGCAGGAAAACGUGUGUGCGCAGGGGAAGGACUAGCUCGAAUGGAGCUCUUCAUAUUUCUCACUACCAUCUUACAGAAGUUCAUUUUAAAACCCACAGUUGAUAAAAAAGACAUUGAAAUUACCCCAGAACCUAAAACCAACGGUUCACGACCUAGGUCCUACAAGAUGUUUGUUGUCCCUCGCUGCUGAAGCAUGAUUUAUCAAAAUAAUGAUGCACUUAAUAUAGACUUGAGGCUUACAAAUGAUUUUGUAUGUUUUUGCAUGUGUGUGUGUGUUGGGGAGGGACUUGCUCUUCAUAUUUCUUACUACCAUCUUACAGAAAUCUGUUUCAUAACCCACUGUGGAUACAAAAGACCUUAAAAUUACCCCACAACUAAGAACCAAUACUUCUUGUACUUCAAUUUUGUUAUGGAUGGUUUGUAGCGCCCUCGAUGUGGUGAUAUAUACUGUUCUUUUCCACUAGCACUAAAUGACUAUAUCUAAUGAUGCAUUCUCUGUUUUUUACUGAUUAUGAAUGCUUUCAGUCUGUAAUGCCAUGGCCUGCCCAUUAAUGAUUCUGGAUUUAGUUCCUAAAUUAUUAAGUAUGCUAUUCAUUGCUGACAAUGCAGAUUAGACUCUCCAUGUGGACUUUUAUGUCUAAGUUAUAAUUCUACUGGUUUGCCUCGCUGAAAAUUUCAUAAAAAAUUCACAAAAAAAAUUGUGAAAUGACAAAAAAACACAAAUCUUUUUAUGCCAUUGCACCUAUUUUGACAUGACCACGCCUAAUUUUAUGUGACUGUGGCCUAUUUGACGCAACUGUAACAUGCCUAUUUUGAUGUCUUUUCUUGAAGCACAGCAAUUUUUUUCCGCUGCAAGUUUUGCUGCUUCCAGAAAAAAAUCUAGCAAUUUGCUGCAAAACCAUGCCUGGUGAAAAAUUUCGCUCAUCCCUAUAUAUGAUUAUUAGAACCACUUAAUUAUCAUUUAGGAAUGCUCUGUUAAUUCAAACUGUUGUGCUUCAAACUGUUUCUCAUACAAGCUGAUCUUAUCUUGAGACGUAACAGAGCACCUGGAUAGGGAUUUAGAAAAUAUUUCCAAAGAUAAGAAGCUAUUCCAAGAAAGUAUUUGGCAUACCUAGCUCUCAGUCAGUAUACUGAAACUGUGGUCAGAAGUGAGUAAAACACUGUUUAAAAAUGAGUAGUGCUUAAAGUGAUACUGACACACAAAAAAACUACUUUUUUAAAAUAUGAAUCUACAUAAAAAGUUACCUAUA